AUGCCCCCUGGGCAGUAUAAUCCCAACUUCUGGUGUAUACUGCACGGGGUGUACAUAGCAUGGUGGUUGGCGAAGCGAGGGGAGCCCUCCUUUGAGCAGUUCAUGCAUCUGUACUCAGUGUCCAGGCAACAGGGCAACUUUGGCUGGGUGCAGGUCAACUGUCGAAAGGCGAAGGAGAGAGGAUAUUUUAUAGGGCAACCACCAUCGUCGCAGAAGACGUGGCGAAAUCGGUGGUUCUUUGCCUUUGGUGAUUGGGAGUGCUGGCCUGGGAUGACUGUCAGCAAACAUGUGCCUACCCACUUUCAAUCUAUAGGUUCUGUGAAGUGUAGGCCAGUGUCUAGGGAGGAAGAGGAAGAGAUAGAGCUGGUGAGGAGACAGGUGCCCCAGGAAGCGCGUGAGCUGAAGAAUAUUGUGACACCAGCUCUUCUUCUACAGUCGGGGUUGCUUCAAGGAAUGGCUGAGGUGCCGAAGAAGGUGGUGACCGUGGUUGAGAAUUCGCCGAAGGUAGUGGUGGAUCCGGAGGAGAGGCAACGAAAGUUGCAAGAGAGAAGAGAGAAAGAUAGGGCCAAUAGGGCCAAGAAGCAGGCAAAGGGGGCGCUCAGUACAGCAGAGGGGACGGCAGCCUGGCUGCUGGGAAGUGACCUCGGCAGGAGGAUGAUGAGAUGUUGGCGGAGCUGGAGAAAAAACGGAGGGGACUUGAGUCUUCGAUCCAUGACGUCAUGGGUGGAACAGUGUUGCCGCCAUUCGACCUAG